CCAAUCCGCGGGCCGUGCGCCUGCGCGCGUGGCCGGAUGCGGGCGGCGCGGAGGCGGGAGCGGGGGGUAGGGAGAGCCUUCCUCCCUUCCUUCCUUCCUUCCUCCCUUCCUCCUCCUCCUCCUCCUGCUGCUGUCCCAGAGCGGGAAGGAGGGAGGGGUGCGGCCCCCGCAGCCGGGGGUCCCCCCGAGGAGCUGCCCAGGAAAUCUCCGCCCUCUCCGCGAAGUUAAAGGGAACAGCCCGGGAUGGUUGAGAACUCUCCGGCCCCGCUGCCAGAAAGGGCAAUUUAUGGAUUUGCGCUUUUUUUGGGCUCGUGGUUUGGCUUCAUUUUGUACCUGAUCUGGGCUUAUGUUCCUGAGACUUGGCUCUUCUCCCUGGGACUGACAUACUGGCCUCAAAAGUACUGGGCAGUUGCUCUGCCUGUUUAUCUCCUGGUGUCUGUGGGAAUCGGUUACAUUUUGCUUUUUGGGAUUAACAUGAUGAGCACAGCUCCACUCAACUCCACUCACACCAUCACAGAUAACUUUGCAAAAAAGCAGCAGCAGAAGAAAUUCCAGGAGGAGGCAAUUCCAGCCCUGAGAGAUAUUCCCAUCAGCGAGGUCAACAGGAUGUUCUUCCUCCCUGAAAGAGGCACCUGCAACAGCAGAUAGCUGCUAUUGAAACCUGCUUGGACAAAAGAUCAAUAAAACUCCCAGAGUUUCAUUAAUUAAAACCUCUCCAAGCUAAAAAUAAAAAG